GGCGGCGUUGGCGGGAAACCGGCGCUGGGCCCCGCCGUCGCGCGACCCCAUCCCUGUCCUGGUCCCCCGCUGAUCAAUCCUGGGCCUAGCCAUGGACGCCUCGGAGCCGGGGCUCCCCCCGGCUCCCGAAGGCAGGAAGAGGUACAGUGAUAUCUUCCGGAGCCUGGACAACCUUGAGAUCUCACUGGGGAACGUGACCCUUGAUAUGCUCACUGGAGAUCCUGUGCUCUCAGAAGGCCCAGAGCCUGACAAGACCCCCACAGCCACGGUGACCAGUGAAGCCAGCCGUUGGAGCAGCCCAUCUUCAGAGGGCUCAGCACCCCUCACAGGAGAAGAACUGGACUUGCGCCUCAUUCGGACUAAAGGGGGUGUGGAUGCGGCCCUGGAAUACGCCAAGACCUGGAGCCGCUACGCCAAGGAGCUGCUGGCCUGGACAGAGAAGAGAGCCAACUACGAGCUGGAGUUUGCUAAAAGCGUCAUGAAAAUGGCCGAGGCUGGCAAGGUGUCCAUCCAGCAGCAGAGUCACAUGCCGUUGCAGUACAUCUACACUUUGUUCCUGGAGCAUGACCUUAGUCUGGGAGCCCUGGCCGUGGACACAGUGGCCCAGCAGAAGAGAGAUUACUACCAGCCCCUGGCUGCCAAGCGGACUGAGAUUGAAAAGUGGCGAAAAGAAUUCAAAGAGCAAUGGAUGAAGGAGCAGAAGCGAAUGAACGAGGCAGUGCAAGCGCUGCGGCGGGCCCAGGUCCAGUACGUGCAACGCAGCGAGGACCUGCGGGCGCGCUCCCAGGGCUCCCCGGAGGACCCAGCACCCCAGGCCUCCCCAGCAGCCAGCAAACAGCAGGAGAAGCGGAGGCGCUCGCGAGAGGAAGCCCAGGCCAAGGCGCAGGAGGCCGAGGCGCUGUAUCAGGCCUGCGUCCGAGAGGCCAACGCACGCCAGCAGGACCUGGAGACUGCCAAGCAGCGGAUAGUGUCACACGUGCGCAAGCUGGUGUUGCAGGGGGACGAAGUGCUCCGGCGGGUGACCCUGGGCCUGUUCAGGCUGCGGGGGGCGCAGGCAGAGCGUGGCCCUCGGGCGUUUGCUGCCCUGGCCGAGUGCUGUGCACCCUUUGAGCCAGGCCAGCGCUACCAGGAGUUCGUGCGAGCGGUCCAGCCCGAGGCCCCACCUCCUCCACCUCCGGCGUUCUCCUUCCAGGAAUGUGCAGCCACUCACAGCUCCCCUCUGGACAUACCUCUGAGAAAGAAGCUUUCAGGGCCAUUGCCUCCUCGGCUGGAGGAGAGUUCAACUGAACCAGGCCCUUGGGAGGACUCAGGCCCAGGCUGGCAGGGGACUCCAGGCCCCACUCCAGGCAGUGACGUGGACAGCGUAGGUGGCGGUAGCGAGUCCCGCUCCCUGGACUCUCCCACUUCCAGCCCAGGCUCUGGCACACGGCGACUGGUCAAGGUCUCCUCUACAGGCACUGAGUCUUCGGAUGACUUGGAGGAGCGAGACCCUGACUUGGGAGACGGGUUAGAGAACGGACUGGGCAGUCCUUUCAGGAAGUGGACGCUGUCCAGGGCAGCUCAGACCCACCGGCUGCGCCGGCUGCGGGGCCCGGCCAAAUGCCGCGAGUGCGAAGCCUUCAUGGUCAGCGGGACGGAGUGUGAGGAGUGCUUUCUGACCUGCCACAAGCGCUGCCUCGAGACUCUACUCAUCAACUGUGGACACAGAAGACUCCCGCCCCGAACGCCCCUCUUCGGGGUCGACUUCCUGCAGCUACCCAGAGACUUCCCGGAGGAGGUGCCCUUCGUGGUGACCAGGUGCACGGCCGAGAUAGAACACCGUGCCCUGGGUGUGCAGGGCAUCUACCGCGUCAGUGGCUCCCGGGUGCGCGUGGAACGGCUGUGCCAGGCUUUCGAGAACGGCCGUGCAUUGGUGGAGCUGUCUGGAAACUCACCUCACGAUGUCUCAAGUGUUCUCAAGCGGUUUCUCCAGGAGCUCACCGACCCCGUGGUCCCUUUCCACCUCUACGACGCCUUCAUCUCUCUGGCUAAGACCCUGCAUGCAGACCCUGGGGACAACCCCGGGACCCCCAGCCCCAGUCCUGAGGUUAUCCGCUCGCUGAAGACCCUCUUGGUGCAGCUGCCAGAUUCUAACUACAACACCUUGCGACACCUGGUGGCCCAUCUGUUCAGGGUAGCUGCACAGUUUGAGGAAAACAAGAUGUCUGCCAACAACUUGGGUAUUGUCUUUGGGCCGACACUGCUACGGCCACCGGGGCCAGGGGCAGCCGGUGCCAGCCCUGUCACCUGCCUGCUGGACUCCGGUCACCAGACUCAGCUCAUCGAGUUCCUCAUCACAUAUUAUGAGCAGAUCUUCGGGAUGGAUGAGCUCCCCCAGGCCACUGAGCCCCUUCCCCGAGACCCCAGCCCUGGGCCUGUCACAACCGGUCCCCAGGCACCACCACCCCACCUUGGCCCUGACCCCCAGCCCCCAGCCCCAGCCUUGGAUCCCACUGAAGAACCCAAGCCCCCCAGUACCCUGGAGAAACAUCCUGAAGCCACAUCCCCUGAGAUUCCAGCCCUGCAGAGUCACCAGAAAGAGGAAACAGCCGAAGAUAGCACAGACGGGGGAGGAGAAGCACCCAGCCAAGGUCCUGAGGACUCGCUCCUGGGGACACAAUCCCGUGGCCACUUCAGCCGCCAGCCAGUGAAGUAACCCCGGGGGGGCGUACGGCCUGUUACCCACCAGCUGUCCAGCUUGGCCUUGGUAGCUUCCAAGCUAUGUGAGGAGACUCCUGUCACAUCCGUGCACCGAGGGAGUUUGCGGGGGCGGGCGUCUGGCACUGCUGCGGCUGCCUCCCCUGAGGGCAGCCCCAUGCGCCGCAACCCCCUGCCCAAGCAUUUUGAGAUCACCCAGGAGACAGCCCGGCUACUCUCCAAACUGGACAAUGAGGCUGUGCCCAAGACCACCUACUGCCCAGACCCCCCAUCUGAGGAAGCCGAGGACCAUCUGUGACCACCCUACCACCCUAAGGGGCAAAGGACUCAGAAGAUGGACCCGCAUCUCCUGGCCUGCCCCCUCCUGAUGGCCAUACAUGACCAUGACGCCAGGGGUUCAAUCUUGCAGGGAGGGGGCGACCUGGAGAGUUUCUAUGAAAAAACAAUGCACAGCCUGGAGGAGGCCUAAAACCCUUCUGGGAUCCAUGUUUCAGGAUCCGCCCCCCAAUAGACCAGGUCACUGCCAAGCAUC